AAAUAUUUAUUCUAAUAUGAUUUUGAAAAGGAUUAUCUUCUUACACAACGAACCCAACUAACCGCAUCUGUGAGCUUACGCAAUUUACUUAUCUGCAACAUAGCAGAUGAAAAUGGCAUAAAUUUUCUAUAAAUACGAGCCACAAUGACAUGAUGAUCAUCAGUAGCAGUUUACCACCUGGAAACUAGAAGAACUGUAUCACCGAUAUAUCCAUCUUCUCCUCCUCGUCGUCAUUCACGGGAAAAAUCCUCGCUAUCAUCAUGUUCAAAUUGUUUGUUCUUGUCGCCUUCUUGGCCGCCAACGCCAUCAGUAGCGAUGCCAUGCAUGUCGUACCCGACCUCAACCCCGCCGCCUACGUCGGCAGAUGGUACCAGGUUUAUACCAACUACUGGGCUGAUCUUUUCUCCAAUGUAUUCAACCCUGACUGUGUAACAGCUGAUUAUGCCCAGAUCAACGCUACCUACAUAUCAGUAUACAAUGCCAACUACCGAUUCGACGGCGAGUACACAGACGACAUCAGCGGUUACGCCUACAUCCCUGAUAUCAAAUACCCUGGAAAGCUCAAGGUCGUUCUCGAAGGCGUUCCCGUCGAGGGUGAUUACUGGAUUUUCGAUCUCGGACCCGUGGUCAACGGCCAGUACGAAUACAGUCUCGUCACCGAUGGAGAUGCCGCUCGUCAGCUCUUCAUCCUCGCUCGCGACCCCGCAGAAUUCGAAUCCAAAUACGCCGCUGAUGUCCUACGUUAUGUAUCCCGUGUCGGAUUCACCGGCCCUUAUAGGAAACCGUACGCCAUUCCACAUCCAGCGGAAUGCGUCUACCCACCCACCCAAUAAAAGUCCCAAUAACUCCAACAAUUAAUGUAUAAAUAAUUAUAUUAAAGCGCCGGCUUCCCGCAAUAAGAGACUUAACGAUAACUUUUACGAUUAUUUUGUUUAAUUAUGCCCUUUUCAGUUUACUGAUAUUUUGAGUUUUACUUGAAAUUUCGAAAUAAUUUUUGGAUCAUUGGAUAGCCUAAAAUGUACUCUUUCAAAAUUUGAAAUUUAAAAAAAAUCGUAAAAAGUUACCCUAAGUCCCUUCUUGCGGGCAGCCGACGGUAGUUAAGUCCAUUUUGCUCGUGUUAUUUAUUGAAUAAACUUCUUGAGAAAGGAAA